UAGAGCAGAGUGAAAUUCUGCAGUGACCCAGUAGCCACAGUCAUUCCCCUCCAGGGUGGGGCAGGGGAAGGCUCCCUGCCUGUUCCUCCGGAGCCCCCCGAUGAGUAAUGAGAUUCCAGCCUGGAGCCCCAGUGACAACAGAGGCUUUGGAGAGGCCAUGUGAUGCUCCGUGAGUGCUGCUGCUGCUGCUGCUGCUACUGCCACCACUAGGAAGCCUCCUUCCCCUUUCCUUCCGAGCUCAGCCUGUCAUGGCGACGCCGAACAACCUGACUCCCACCAAGUGUAGCUGGUGGCCCAUUUCAGCACUGGAGAGUGAUGCAGGGAAAGCUCCGGAGGCCUCGGAGGGCCAGGAGGCAGCUGACCCUUCCCAGUGGGCCAAGGAGAGCCUGGUUCUCUACCACUGGACUCAGUCCUUCAGCUCCCAGAAGAGGAGAGGAAUUAACUUACCCAAGGUCAUAGAACAGGUUAAUGAGUUCCCCCCUGUGUGUGUCCGGGCUCUUCCCAUGCCCCUGUCCCCUCUGAGCCCCUCCACCCCAACCCCCACCCAGGUACGGCUGGUGAUUGCAGAGAAGGGGCUACCCUGUGAUGAACGGGAUGUCAGUCUGCCUCUGAGUGAGCCCAAGGAACCAUGGUUCAUGCGCCUGAAUCUGGGUGAAGAAGUACCCGUCAUCAUUCACCGAGACAACAUCAUCAGUGAUUAUGACCAAAUCAUUGACUACGUGGAACGCACUUUCACUGGAGAACAUGUGGCCCAGUUGAUACCCGAGACCGGCAGCCUCCUUCACGCCCGAGUACUGCAGUACCGUGAGCUGCUCGAUUCCCUCCCCAUGGAUGCCUACACCCACGGUUGCAUCCUUCACCCUGAGCUCACCACCGACUCCAUGAUCCCUAAAUAUGCCACGGCCGAGAUUCGCAGACACUUGGCUAACGCCAGCACUGACCUAAUGAAACUGGACCAUGAAGAAGAGCCUCAACUCUCCGAACCCUACCUUUCCAAACAGAAGAAACUCAUGGCGAAGAUCCUGGAACAUGACAACGUCAACUACCUGAAGAAAAUCCUGGGGGAACUGGCUAUGGUGCUAGACCAAAUUGAAGCUGAGCUGGAGAAAAGGAAGCUGGAAUAUGAAGGGCAGAAAUGUGAGCUGUGGCUUUGCGGCUGUGUCUUCACACUCGCUGAUGUCCUCCUGGGGGCCACUUUACACCGCCUCAAAUUCUUGGGACUGUCAAAAAAAUACUGGGAAGAUGGUAGCCGGCCCAAUCUGCAGUCAUUCUUUGAGAGGGUCCAGAGACGCUUUGCCUUCCGGAAAGUCCUCGGGGACAUACAUACCACACUACUUUCUGCUGUCAUCCCCAAUGCAUUCCGGCUGGUUAAGCGGAAACCACCAUCCUUCUUUGGAGCAUCCUUUCUUAUGGGCUCCCUGGGAGGGAUGGGAUACUUUGCUUACUGGUACCUCAAGAAAAAAUACAUCUAGAGCUGGGCUGUGUUUGGUGUUUGGUUGUUAUGUCUCUGUGCUGUGUGAUUCACGAUGAGCUCUCUUCAACUGUCCCAUGAAAACUUGAAACAGUUCUCCUUACCCCAACCCUUACCCCUAUCUGAGUAUAUUGUCAAUGUGAAAACAUUCCAUUGUCUAGAAGUAGAAGUAACCAACAACUCAAGGAAGCUAUUAAACCUGGAGAAAAGAGAAAAAUAACCCAAACAACGCAACAA